AGCAGUUAGCUGGGAGUCGUUGGAGCGGUCGUGUCGCAGGUUUUACGUUCAGGUUGUCCACGACGCAGCGAUGUCUUCGGAGGAAGAGGACGGUCGUCAGCGCAGACUGCUGGGCAUCGUCCUGGAAGCUGAGAUCAAGCUGCACCGGAUCGAGGUCCCACAGCUGCAUGUCUGUAAGGAGGAGGAGGUUCUGACUGACCAGCAGCUCUGUCACCAGGAGAGGAGCGCCAGUCUGGACCAAGACGACCAAAAACCUCCACAGAUUAAAGAGGAACAGGAGGAAAUCUGGAUCGGUCAAGAGGGAGAGCAGCUCGUACUGAAGCAGGAGAGUGAAACCUUCAUGUUGACUCCUGAUUAUGAAGGAAUUUACCACAGUGAUCAUCAGCUCUUCUCUCACAACUCUCUUGUGGCUGAGAGUCAAGAUCAGAACAGAAGAAACCAUUUAGGAUCAUCAAGAAAUGAAUCAGAGAUUGACUCUAAUACUCAAACAGGUGAAAAGUCUUUCAAAUGUGACACUUGUGGAAAGGCUUAUGUGUAUGAGUAUCAAUUAAAAAUACAUCUGAGAGUCCACACAGGUGAAAAACCAUAUUUAUGCAUAAUAUGUGGAAAAGCUUACAUUACUGUGUUCAGUUUGAAAAGGCAUAUGACAACUCACACAGGCGAGAAGCCCUAUUCUUGCAAAAUAUGUGGAAAAAGUUUUGGACGCAGUGGCGUCUUGAAAGUCCACAUGAGGAGUCAUACAGGUGAGAGGCCAUAUUCUUGCGAAAAUUGUGGGAAAAGUUUCAGCGACAUUUCCGCAUUGAAUAAACAUAUGAGUGUACACACCGGUGAAAAGCCGUUCUCUUGUGAAACAUGUGGGAAAUGUUUUGUAAGUAAAGGGGUUUUGAAAGUCCACAUGAGAACUCACACAGGUGACAAGCCGUACUCCUGCAGCUUCUGUGGGAAAACAUUUAGAGAGAAGUCAGGUUUGAAAAAACACAUAAGCAUGCACACAGGAGAUCAGCCGUUUUCUUGUGAAACAUGUGGGAAAGGUUUUGUAUGUGCUAAUGAUUUGAAGGUCCACAUUAGAACUCAUACAGGUGAGAAGCCGUUCCCCUGCAGCACAUGUGGGAAAAGAUUUCGUGAGAAGUCAGGUUUGAAAAAACAUAUGAGCGUGCACACAGGAGAGAAGCCGUUUUCUUGUGAAACAUGUGGGAAGAGUUAUGCACGUAGUAGCAUCUUGAAAAUCCACAUGAGAUCUCACACAGGCGAGAAGCCCUACUCCUGCAACACUUGUGAGAAAAGAUUUUAUCAGUUAUCAGACAUGAAAAAGCAUGUAAGAGUUCAUAAAGAUUAGAAGUUGUGUACUUACAUGCAAGAGAGUUUUCGGUCUUUGUGAAAUGACGGUCCACGGUUCACACUGCAGCAACUUGGGGUAAAGAUAUUUUGGAGUGACACAUUUGGAUCAUAUGAGAAAUCAAGAAGAUCAGAGACUCAACCUUUAACCAGCCCAAACUGUUUCUAAUUUAAAUUUAAAAAAGUAGUCACCUUGUGCAGCAAAACACUUUCAAAUGCUCCUACCACACUUUGAACGCUCCCUGGCACCCCCCCCCCCAAAAAAAGUCCACAUUGGUCGGACUCAAUUUUUACAGGUGCCAACUGAUUUGUGUUGGAACAAGUUGUUGUUGGAGAUAAGCGCUUUUUUAGUUAACUAAUCUUGGAAAGAUCUUUCCAUCAAAUGUACAUUUCUUGAAUGCUUUUUAUUUUAUUAUGUCAAACUCAAUCGUAUGAUGUUAUAUAAAGAUUGUUAUAUUGAAAAUGUUAUUUAUUGUAUAAAGUCUGUGAUAUUGAUGAUAAAUUAUGUGGUACUGUGGGGUCAUCCUGUCAAUUAGUGUAUUUUUUACAUCAAAUUGAUAAGAUUUUGAUCAUUUCAGGCUUCUAAUGUCAAACAUACAAGUUGUUGUAGAUGUUCUCCUGGCUAUAUGAAAUA